CUCCGACGCCGCAAUGGUUUCAGCGCCGGUGCAGUAUCCGCUUGAUAUGGGCAAGGGCGGCACUGGCGGCGAGCAGCAGCUAGCAAGCAGCGUUAACGAGAAGGGCGAGAUCAAUCACGAUGCGGUGGUCAAGCAAGGACCGCGUAGUGCACUCGGACCGUGGCGCAUUUGUGCCGAAGGUGGACCGGCUUAGCAAAGAGAUGCUGGCACAGCCCGACGAGGAGGACGUGGAGACGGUCCCUGCCCGCGUUCCGCCAGGCUUGGCAGGUCUGCAUCGUGCACAGGCUGCAUGGCUGCGCUUCCGGCACUCCGCUGUUAUUACCCCGCCGCGGUCCUGGUCAGCAAGGGAACACUGCAGCCGGCACCCCGUGGGCGACGCGGAGACCGCAGCGGCGCGAAGGGGCUAAGGGCACGGACUAAGGGGCUAGGGGCUAAGCCAG